UGCGCCGAUGAUUUCGUGACCGACCUUUUUACUGCCCUCAACGUUGACUCGACGUAUGGUUUCAGCGAGGAUGUGUUCCAUGAAGCGGGGCCCUUGCUGCUUUAUGCUCUGUUCGACUUGGAGGCCUUGUGUGCCGCCGGGCCUGGCGGGACGGAUCUCGACGAGGAGGUGGUGUUUGGGAAGUUGAUGUCCGCUGAAGAAAAUGGGGCGAAUUCUACCCUGUCGGAAGAGGACCUUGAAGAAAUUUUCCACUCAAUUAGUGAGAAUUACACGGCAGAAACACAGACAACGUGUUUCGAUGUCGAAUCGGUCUUUACUGCAACAGUCACCGACCACGAGGCCGGAGCGAACGAAAACGAGGUCCACGCCAUCGCCGAGCUCGUAUUCUCCAGCAUCCUCCGGGGGUACUGUGUUGGCGAGGCGACGUUACCGUCGCCCGAGGCCUUCUUGGACACAGUCUUUGACUCAUUCGCCGAAGGCGGAGUUAUUCCUGAAGAAGAAUUCGAACAUUUGCUCUCGGACCUUGGCAUUGGAGCUUCCUCGGCCGAACACGAUGACCAUACCGCCGACGCUGGCCAUGACGACCACGCUCACAGGCGGAGACGUCAUGCUGAUGACAUUUCGGUGGCAGCGGUGGGAUACAUCCAUCGUGCGAGGCGGGCGGUCGACGACCACGGCCAUGACCACGGGACGCACUCCGAUGAGCUCAAUGUAUCUGCUACAUGCUACACGGGGGAGGAACUCCUAGACAUUCACGGAAUCGACCACGAAGCUGGUAUCACGGAGUCCCAGUAUGCAGCCCUGGCCCCAUCAUUGAUCCAACAGAUUUUAUCGGGUGUUUGCACCGCAGACGUACACGUGGAUCCGACCAAUUCAUACACAGAUGCGGAAAUUUGGGGCUACAGUCACUUAGCAGUACUCAUUAUCAGUCUCAUCGCUGUCCUUGGCGCUCUUUUUCUUCCGUGUAUGAGUGGAUUCGUGUAUGAAGCCAUUAUUCAGACGAUGAUGGCGCUUGCCGUUGCUACGCUCACUGGGGAUGCAAUAUUACAUCUUAUACCACAGGCUGUGGGAUUGCAUGCCCACGACGCAUCCGGCCACGCCCACACCAAUCACGGGCCCCUUAAUCCUGAACUAGCAUAUGUCUGGAAAUGUCUCGUGGUUGAAUUAGCUAUCUACUUCUUCUUCUUGGUUGAAAGGGUUUCCAGUUUGGCAAAUUGCUUCGGACACUCACACUCCGAUUGUGAGCCAGCAAUAAACAUGGAAUCCACCAAGAAUUCAGCCAAAGGAUUAGGCAAAAUCUCGGAAUCGAAGAGAAACUUGGCAAAUUCCGAGAAUGGAGAAGUGGACACAAAGGAGUCAUAUUGCUUUCAAGGUUGCGGCACAUUGCCACUCAUGAUCAUCGUUGGGGACGCCCUGCACAACUUCGGAGACGGUCUUGCGAUCGGUGCUGCCUUCACCCUCGGCAUCCCCGCUGGACUCAGUACGAGUAUCGCCGUCUUCUGUCACGAGCUACCGCACGAGCUAGGUGACCUGGCCGUCCUUCUGAAUAACGGCAUGCGCCUCUUGACAGCAGUGUUUUGGAAUUUCAUGUCGGCCUGCGUUUGUUUCGCAGGACUGUGGGUCGGCAUUCCUCUUGGUCAAACGGAGAAUGCGAGGGAAUGGAUUUUCGCUGCUACCGCUGGCACGUUUCUCUACGUUGGUCUUGUUCACAUGCUCCCUCUACUCCAUAGGUACAAGGGACCCAGACAGGGUGCCAUAUUUGUAUUCCAGAAUUUGGGCUUCAUACUUGGUAUGGCCAUAAUACUGAUUAUUGCACUCUACGAAGACGCCAUCAACGUCGCAAUCUAAACAUGGCAACCUUGGGGAGGACGCCAUCAGCCUCGCAAUCUGAACAGGGCAAUCUUUGGGUAGAUCAAAAUAUCACAACUACUACUGCUUCGGAAUUAUCUUCAGCGUUAAUGAGGGAAGGAUUAUCAUUCCUUUAAAAUUGAAUUGUGAAUAUUAACUGUUGUAAUAAGAACUAUAUCGAUGGAGCAGCUAACCUGUUGUCCCAUCGGAUAAAAUAAAAUAAAACAAUAAACAAGUGAUAUAAAUGUGGCAAUGACUUUCCAGGUAAUAAAAUAGCUUGCCUAUAGGACCUACAAUGCGCUGCAUUCCUGAAAUAAUAAUAAUGAAUUAUUUUUAAAAGUGAAUACCUGAAUGGCAGUGGCUGUAUGGAUAUGAAUUUUGAGUUAAUUUCGUGCGUGUUUUGAUGUGAAUCAUGCUGAAAUACUCUUAAAAAGGAAUGGUCAAAAUGGCCAAUGUGUUAGACAUGUGUCUGACCAAAUAAUUGUCCAAAUUAUCGCUAGAGUCUUAACAAAUUCGUUUUAAUUUGUCCAAUAUUUUUGGUCUGAUACCUAUUUCUCAACAAAUUGGUUAUCUUAAUUGAUUGGUUAUGUAUAGAUUGAAUAUGUAAAUAGAUUAGCCCUGAUCAUCAUACCUUUGAAUAAUAUUGACUUGAUAUAAAUAGUUAUUCGAGGAUUCGAGAAAAAAAAGUUAGAAAUAAUUUUGUCUUUACAUUGUGUUUUUUUUUUUUGGGGGGGGGUUGGUGAUAGUGUGAAUUUUAAGUGAAAAGGGAGCCUUUCAACUUCUCUGUGGAUUUUUGCUAAAAAUUAUCAGAUUUUUUUUCUCUACAGUAUCAUCAUCUUAUGUUGCUUUGCUCCUUUUAUAGUAGUUAAUAUUAAAAACUGAACAUUUUUAACUCCUUUAUCUAAGGGACAAACAUGUGCUGUAUAAUUGAUUCAAUUUUGGCGAAAUUUUGUUGUUAUGAAUUACAAAGCCGAUUCAUCUUUAUGCUGCAUAUUUAGGAAUUACUUUCGUAUAUACAAUUUACUUCGUACUGCGUCGAGUUCUGUUUUUCCGAUUAUUUUAAUUUUAACCUUUGUAAUGCCCCCACCCACAAUGUAUCGCGCAGUUUUUAAGGUAGCGCCACAAAAUUUUAUGACUUUUUUCUUUGAAGUCUCGCACAAGUUUGAGAUGAAAUUACCGACAUAUUCGCACAGCGUCGCGACGCCACGUGACUUUUUAUGAGAAAAUGUCUUGCCGAAAAUGGUCCCCUCUUUAUGUGCACAAAGUCAAGUGGAGGUUUUUUUCCCAUAAAGUGGUGAUCAUUUUUCAUUCUUAUUGGUCUGUUUAUAUAAAUGAGGUCACAUUUAGUUGAGAAAUGAUCUUGGGUAAUUUUCAUUGAGAAAAAAAAAAUGCAAAAACAGAGAUGACAAAAAAAU